UUCGUGUACCAUUAUGUGGCUCUGGGCACUGCUUCCGAUCUGCUUGGCGGUGUUUGGCACUGUGGGCAUAUGGGUGGUGUUUGGUAUCGCUGUAUCGAAUGAGACUGUUAACAUCACAGAUAGAUUCCCUUACAUCAGUGAGUGUGGCACCUAUAAUCCACAGAGCUGCAUCUUUGCUCAGAUCUGCAACGUCUGUGCUGUCUUGGCCCUGUGGGUUGUGGUGAUCCGGUUUCAGCAGGUCAGGGACUAUGGUCAGAACAGCAAGGUGAACAUCGCCAGUAUCGUACUGGGCUUCAUCUCCUGUGUGGGCAUCUCCCUCAUCGGAAACUUCCAGCAAUCUGUAGUGAUGGGGAUCCACUUGUUGGGAGCGUUCCUGGCGUUCUUCGUGGGCCUGGCCUACUUCUGGCUGCAGGUGUGGCUCUGCUACAAAGCCCAUCCCUUUAAAGACCGUCACUGGGUUGGACCUCUUCGAGCUACAUUCUGUAGCAUCUGCACCGUCCUGGUCAUCACCAUGGCUAUACUUCAUAAUACCGGCUACAAAUCUGGAGCGGCCAUUUGCGAGUGGGCCUUGGUCAUGUCCUUCUUUGUCCUUUUUGGCCUCUUUGGGUCCGAGUUCCGUCACAUCGACUUCCACCAGCUCACCGUGCAGAAACAACGUCUGAAGACACAGAGCACCAACGGAGUGGUCAGAAUGAAUGAUGUUUCAUAGUACAGCCAAUGAGGCAGGUAGCCAAGUGGUUAGAGCGUUGGACUAGUAACCGAAAGGUUGCAAGAUUGAAUCCCCGAGCUGACAAGGGGGGGGAAAAUCUGUCGUUCUGCCCCUGAACAACCCACUGUUCCUAGGCCGUCAUUGAAAAUAAGAAUUUGUUCUUAAAUGACUUGCCUAGUUAAAUACAAAUACAAAUGAGACCGUGACAAUGAUCAUGCAUUGAUACACUGUUCAUAGCUUAACAUCUAAAGACACACACUAGGUUAUUUUGACCCAGCUAGUUGGGUUCUGUGAAUAACCCAACAUGUUGGGUUGUUUGGAAUGCCCAAACAUGGGUUAAUUUAAACAUUGGUAGUUUUUUAAAAAUGUAAUCCAGGUUAUUUUCAUGAGGCGUGGCCUAUUAGGGGCGUGGCUUCCAGAUAAUGAUUUUUGUAUCACAAAUCUAAUUGUUGUCUUGUACUGGUAUUCAGUCAAGCAGAUCUAAGAUUUUCUCCCCUUUUGGUUUUUAUUUUUGUACCAACAGAAAUGAUUUAAAUGUCACAUCAAGACAUGAACACUGUAAACAUAUCCACACUAUUUAUGUAGAAGGAGAUAUGUUACAGGAAUGGAUACUUUUUCAAGUCAUGCGGGUUUACAUAAGUGUCUGAUGAGGGUUUACGUAACUAAGUGUUUUUAAUUUUGCUGAUGUUAAAUAAAAUGUUACUUUAAACAUA